UUUUUUUUUUUUUUUUUUUGUCGUUCUCCUGUUUUUUCGUCAUAACAAAUUUACAUCAUUGUAUGCUGCAAUUAUAUUAUUGUCUUACUUUAUAAUUAUGGUAUAAGAACAUGUAACAGAUGCCCCUAACAGUUUAUCCAUAACCUUGCAGUUGAAGCUUUAGAUUCACAUUUUAUAUUGAAAUUUUAUGGUUAGAUCUUGGUUUUUGCUCAAAGCUGGAGAAAGUAUGUGAUUUACUGAUUUUUUUUUUUUUUUUCUGUGCCAUGGAGUCAGUACAAGUAGCAGUUUAUAUGUCUUCAUAUGUUGGUGCUUAUUUAUUUAAUAAGUUAUUGGCAACUUUGUGUGUACUGAGAUAGAACUAUAUCACAUUGGUAAUGCUAUAUUCUAUAGUUAUGAUCAUGUCUGUACUUAACUAUCAUCAGGCAGCUGACUUACGGUUCAUCUUACCAGGCUUGCUUGAACUCAUAGAUAGGUUGGGGCGAGGCAUCUCCUUCUGGAAGCAUUUUUCUGGUCUGUGCCUUUUACAUGUUUGUCUUAGGUUUACAGAGAUCCAAAGUGUUAAAACAAAGUUAAUUAGCACAUCAGAAUGAGAUUCCGAAUCAUUAAAUCUAUUAUACAGCACCCUUUUACUGCAUCUAUCACUAUACGAUGGAAAACAACCUCAGCUCAAUAUGUAGCAUCGAGAGCUAGAGAACCUACAUUUGACAAACUAAUGGAAAGUAUAAAAACCUUGCCAAAAGUCAUUGCCAUUCAAGACCUCAUUCUUGCAAACCCUACCAACAACCCACCAUCGGUUUCCCUUGAUUUCCUUUCUGGACUCUCCCAGAAGCUUCAUCUCAAUCGUGGUGCCUCUUUCAUUCGCAGAUAUCCACAUGUCUUCCACAUCUUCUACAACACGAGAUUAUCACAACCCUUUUGCAAAUUGACUGAUACUGCUCUCCAAAUUUCCUGCCAAGAAGCAGAGGCUAUUAAUGCUUCCUUGCCAACUGUCAUUGAUUGAUUGGUUCGGCUUUUAUCAAUAUCCACACCCAAAUCGUUGCCACUUCGUGCUAUCUUCAAGUUUUGGAGGGAGCUAGCGCUUCCGGAUGAUUUUGAGGACUCUGUGAUAUCCCUAAACCCUCAUCUUUUUAAACUGUGUGAUGCCAAUGAACCAAAUACACAUGUAUUGAAACUAGUGGAUGAAAUUCCAAACAACCAUUUUACUGCGGCAGUUGAAUGGAGGGUGACUGAGUGUUGUAAGGAGGAUUGCAGCGUUGAUAGAACUGAAAUCCAAUUUAGUUUCAAGCAUCAGUAUCCUCCAGGAAUGAGAUUGAGCAAGGACUUCAGAGCUAAAGUCAAGGAAUGGCAGAGAUUGCCAUAUUUAGGGCCCUAUGAGGAACUGGUAGAGAAGAAGAGAUCCAAGGCAGGGUUGAUGGGAUUGGAGAAACGAGCAGUUGAAAUUGUACAUGAAUUUUUGGGUUUGACAGUGGAGAAGAUCAGCCAUUUUAGGAAAUGUUUUGGGAUUGAUUUGAACAUAAGAGAUUUGUUCUUGGAUCAUCCGGACAUUUUUUAUUUAUCUACAAAAGGUAAGAGACAUACUGUUUUUCUGAGGGAAGCAUAUGAGAAGGACCGCUUAAUUGAUCCUAAUCCAGUAUAUGAAGUUCGGAGAAAGCUUCUUAAUCUUUUUAUUUUGGGUUGCCGAGGUUUGCUUGCUAGUAAAUGAAAGCCUGGUGAGACCCAAAGCAAUGAAGAUUCUGGGUUACAAAGUGAGAACAGAGACUGAAGUUAUGGAUUGCUGUAUUGUAUGGAUUGCACAUUUUUACUAUAGAGAAUUAACGUAUUAAUUCUUUGCUUGGUAUGCCUAUGUCGCUUAGGCUUUUUACUGGAAAAAUGUUGCAGUGUCAAUCUCCACAUAAGAUGAUUCUUUUUAGCUCAAAGGAAGAUGGGAAGUUGUAUAGCCACUCAAUGAAGUUAAAGAAGCCAAGGCAGUACUUAGGCGUGCUCCAAUACAGACAACAUGCUUGGUUUAUGCUGUUACAGAUGCACGCUCCUCAACUUUAUCUACCAAGCGAGGGGCAAACGAAAAUCAGUUUCGAAGAGUUUGAUUCAUCUCAAUCCUUUGUCAACAUUGCCAUUCAUUCUGAUCUAUGAUCGUGUAUUGACAUUGUAAGGAAUUUAACUAGGAAAGCUUCUGGAAUUACAACGCUUAAUUGGAAUUGGCAUUUCUUCAUCUGCCAGUCUAUGGCAUGCCAUUGCAGCUCUAAUAGAGAUGAAGAGGUUUAGAGUUGGUUGACAAUAUGGAAUAGUUGAUAUCAUUUAAAAGGGUAGAACAGUGUCGAUUCGAUAGAGUGCUAAGCUCGGGCUUGACUCAAUUGGCUUGAAACUCAACUUGAAGAUCGAGUUUUAAUUUUGAUACUCAAGCUCAGGUUAACAUAGAUGUUUUAAACACUCAAAUUCAACUUCACUAUAUUAUUCUUAAAAUCUCAAAUCAUAUCUGAACGGUGGGUUGUAGCAACCAUCUGCAACUGGAACCUGCAGUUUAAGGGCAGAUUUCAGGUUAAAAUUUGAAAAUCUUAAAUCAAAGAGACCAUGUCUUGGAGGCAAUGGCCCCCAGCACCCCUCCAUCAGUGUCCACAGCCGAUGUCCUCCUAUUUUGAUAAGGACGUAGAAUCCUUCUAUUUUGAUGAAUACAUGUGACCAUGUAAUUCUUUUAUUUUGAUAAAUGUAUUAAAAUAUCUUUAUAG